CACUCGUGUUCCCCCAAGGUUUGUCCCCCGUCCCCCUCCGUGUCUCCCCCAUUCAUGUUCCCCCCCUUGUGUCCCCCAUCGUGUCCCCCCAUGUCCCCUUACGUCCCUAUAACUCCGUGUCCCCUCCUAUCCCUAUGUCUCUCCAUGUCCCCAUAAUCCCAUGUGUCCCCCAAUUGUGUCCCCUCCAUGUCCCCCACAUUCCCCGUGUCCCCCCGUCUCGUGCCCCCUGUGCCCCUCAAUAACAUCGUGUUUCUCCCAGUUCUGUCCCCCAUGUCCCUCAUGUCCCCCGUGCCCCUCAUAUCCCCCGUCUCCAAUGUCCCCCUUGUCCCCCCGUCCCCAUGACCCCGUGUCCCCCACUGUUCCCCGUGUCUCCGUGUCCCCACACCCACGGGUUCCUCCAUGUGCCCCCCCCUCGUGCCCUGCGGCUCAGCCGCUUUUCCCGGUAAAUCCCGCGUGGGGGGGGCCGGGGUGGUGGUGGCAGUGCCACCGGGCGGGGGGAGGGCGGGGGGGUGGCAGUGCCAUGGGGCUAGGCUGGCCGCGACCCCGCUCCCGCCGCCGCGGGGGGACUCUCGGGGGCUGCCACCCCCUCCUCUGCCACCCCCCCCCGUGCUGCGCCCCCCCCUUCUGCUCCUCCCCGCUCUGCCCUCUUUGUUGCCCCCCCUCCUUCUGUGCCCCCUCCUCCUGCUGCCCCCCACCCUGUCCCCUCCCGUGGUGCCCUCCCUGGUGCCCCCCCCCGCCCGCCUGUCCUCAAUGUCACCCCCUGACCUGUUGCCCCCAAUGUCACCCCCCCAGCUGCCCCCAGUGCCCCCCUCCGCCCUGCCACCCCCCUCCCUGUGGUCCCCAGUGCCACCCCCCUCCCUGGUGCCUCCAGUGUCACCCCUCGCCCUGUUACCCCCUCUAUUGCCCCCCCGCUCCCGCCUGCUCCCAGUGCCACCCCCGCCCUGUCCCCCCUCGUGUCACCCCCCCUGCUGCCCAAUUGUCGCCCCCUCUCCUGCCCCAAUUGUCGCCCCCCCUCCUGCCCCCAGUGCCGUCCCCCCUCCCGCUGCUGCCCCCCCCCGCGCCGCCCCCACACCCGCCCCCGCCUCAGCAUCAAGUGAAGGGGGUCCGCCCCCCCAACUCCCCCAGGGACCCCCGGACCCGGCGGCCGAGGUGAGUAAGGGGGGGGACUGCCCCCAAAUUUGGGGAAAAGGGGGGGGCGGGACCCGGGAUGGGGUGGGGCAGGCGGGGGGUUUCCAUUGGACUUGGGCAAUUGGGGGGUGCGGGGAAAUUGCACAGGGGCAGGUUGGAGCAUUUCGAGGGUUUGCACAAGGGCUGGGGCAACUGGGGGGGACAAUUGCACGGGGAGGUGCACAAGUACUGGGGGUAUUUGCACGAGGUUUGGGGCAUUUGUACGGGGCUGGGGCAAUUGAGGGGGCGGGGCAGUUGUUUGCUCGGGGGGCAUUUGCUUGGGGGUAUUUGCACGAGGACUUGGGCAUUUGCACUGAGUUUUUGGGGCAGUUGCAUAAGGACUGGGGCAGUUGCAGGAGGGAUUUGUGCUGGGGGAUUUGAGGCAUUUGGGGCAGUUGCUCGGGGUAAUUACACAAGGUUUGGGGCGGUUGCUGGGGGUUGGGGUAGCUGUGGGUGGUCGGGGCAGUUGCAGGGGGGUAUUUGUUUGGGGCCGUGAAUGUGUGACCCUGGGGGGAGGGUGACCCCGGGGACCUCCCAGUGAUCCCCCCCACGCGGCGGCUCGGUGUGACGUCAUUGUGACGUCACAGGGGUGACACGCCACCGACUCCCUUGGGGGGGGUUAUAGGGGUCCCCACCCCGAAGGGACUCCCCCAGACACCCCACCGUGGGAGGUACAGGGACCCCCACCCCAAAGAGACGCCAUAACCUACCUCCCCAUGGGGUGUCUGGGGCGUGUCUGAAGGAGUCCCUUUGGGCUGGAGGGUCUCUAUAACCCCCCAAGGGAAGGCGGGGGGGGGUCCCUACAGACCCCCAAGGGGACAGUGUUCCUGUGUCACGUGACACGGGCCAAGAUGGCGGCGCCCAUGGGGGAGGCGGAAGCGGAAGUGGGUCCGUGGAGGAGCCUCCCGGCCGCUGCGACCUCGGCUGCCCCUUCUCCCCCCUUUUACCCCUUUAUCCCCCCCCUCCCCACGAUGCUCCUGCUGCCCCUCAGUGCCCUCCUGCUCCUCCUGCUGCUGCUGCUGCUCCUGGAGUUCCCUCCCCGGAGCCCCCCCAGCUCCAACCCGGCAUUCCAGGAAUUCCAGCGGUGCUUCCACCUGGGAUUCCUGCCUGCCCUGGCAGCUGAUUGGCUGCAGGGGCCUCACCUGUUCCAGGUGUUCCGAAGCCGGGGCUUCCUGCAGACGCAGAUCGCCGCCCUCUACUCACUGGGAUUCGCCUCCAACUUGGUGUUCGGGCUCUUCUCCCACUUUUUUGUGGACCGGCUCGGCAGGAGAAGGUCCUGUGUGCUGUUCUCGGUGCUCUGCUCCCUGUCCUGCCUCCUGCAGCUCUCCCGGGAUUUCCCAGCGCUGGCGGCGGGGCGGCUUUUGGGGGGCGUCGGCACCUCCUUGCUCUUCACCUCCUUCGAGUCCUGGUACGUCCACGAGCACCUGGAGCGCCACGAUUUCCCCCGGGAGUGGAUCCCAGACACCUUCUCCCGUGUGGCCCUUUGGAACGGGGUCGUGGCUGUGGCCGCGGGGGCUGUGGCUGAGCUGCUGGUGCUGGGGGGGGGGCCCGUGACCCCCUUUGUGGCAGCUGUGCCCUUCCUGGCCUUUUCUGGGAUUUUUGCCGUGAAAAACUGGGAUGAGAAUUAUGGAAAACACAGCUCCUGCCCCAAGGCGUGUGGGGAGGGGCUGCGGGGGCUGCGGGACCCCCCCGGGGCACUGCUGGGGGUGGUGCAGGCACUGGUGGAGGGCGUCAUCCUCAUCUUCAUCUUCCUCUGGACGCCCGUGCUGGAGCCGCUGGGGAUCCCACUGGGAAUCGCCUUCUCAGGAUUUAUGGCAGCAAGUGCUGUGGGAUCAUCCCUGUUCCGCCAGGGGGUCGUGGGGGGGCUCCGGCUGCAGCCCCUGCACCUCCUGACGGGGUCCGUCGCGCUCCUGGGGGUCUCUCUCCUCCUCCUUGCCCUCCCCGUGCCCCCGCCCGGCGCCUUCCUGGUGUUCCUGCUGCUGGAAUUCUCCUGUGGGAUUUACUUCCCAGCCAUGGGGUUCCUGCGGCGCCGGCUGGAGCACGGGGGGGCCACGGGGGGGUCGCGGUGGCUGCGGGUGCCCCUGGGGCUGGGGGUGGCCCUGGCACUGCCGGCGCUGCCCCCCGGGGAGGGGGGGGCACAGGGCGUGUUCGGGGGGGCGGCGCUGGCGGCGCUGGUGGCACUGGCGGCAGCCGGGGGGGUCCUGGCAGUGGCCCGGGGGGACCCGCGCCUGAGGGUGGGGGGGGAGGAGGGGGAGGGCGGGGUGGACACUGGGAUGUGACGGGGACAGGGACGUGGGGACAGGAUCACUGGGAUGUGACAGGGACACCAGAAUGUGACAGGGACAUGGGGACAGGGACACUGGGAUGGGGACAGUGACAUCAGGAUGGGGACAGGGACACAACAGGCUGGACAUGGGGAUGGCACAGGGACACCGAGCUGGACACGGGGCUGUGACAGGGACAGUGACACCAGGAGGGGGACAGUGAGCUGGACACUGGGAUGUGAUGGGACACCAGGAUGGGGACACUGGGAUGUGACAAUGACAGGGACAGAAGGACUAUGACACCAGGCUGGACACCUGGAUAUGACAUGGUCACAGUGUCACUUUGAUGGGGACACCAGGCUGUGACUGGAACAGUGACAUGGGGACAGCAGGACAAGGACUCAGGCUGUGACAGGGUCACAGUGUCAGCCCCACACGGGGCUGUGACUGGGACGGUGACACGGGGGCAGCCCGACAGGGACACUGUCACAGUGUGACCCCCGCUGUGACAGGGUCACUGGGACAGCACUGUGGGGACACUGAGCAGUGAGAGGAUCACGGGAUCAGUGUCACCCCCACAACAGCCCGUGGGUGACAGGGACACCAGGACACCCCAGUGGUGACACCGAGCUGUGACAGGGUCACAGUGUCACCCCCACAACAGCCCGUGGGUGACAGUGAUACCAGGAGACUCGAUGGGGACACUGAGCUGUGACCGGGCCACCCCCACAACAAGCUACAGGUGACAACAACACCAGGACAUUCGAUGGGGACACUGAGCUGUGAUGGGGUCACGGUGUCACCCCCGUUAUGGGCUUCAUGUGACAGUGACACCAGGACACCCCAGCAGGGACACCGGGCUGUGACAGGGCCACGGUGUCACCACAAUGGGCUGUGGGUGACAAUGACACCGGGACACCCCGGUGAGGACACUGAGCUGUGAUGGGGUCACAGUGUCAACCCCCAACCCAAGGGACCAUGGAGGGGCCAUGGGGACACCAGGGUGAGUGUCCCCCCCCCAGAAUGGCCUCGUGGUGUGCACGAGGAAGGUCUAUUGAUGAAUGAAUAAAUUAUUUUUUAAUAACCCCCCCCAAA